GAACACACACAGACGCGCGUACACACCGCACGAGCAGCGAUCGUAACGGAGGGGGCGGGGGGCGCUUUCAAGAAGCGUUUUUUACGCGUCCGCUCGUGCUCGUCCUGCAGACCGUGCGUAGCGCGAGUGGCCCAUAACGGCGGCGGGGUGCGCGCUGGUUGCGAUCGCUCGCGUGGGAACUUUAAAAAGAGCGCGGCAUCUGGCUUAUCGUAUCCCACAGCAAAAAUAUGCUGAUGAAGGAAUAUCGAAUAUGCAUGCCUUUAACGGUGGAAGAGUACAGGAUUGGUCAGCUGUACAUGAUCAGCAAGCAUAGCCACGAGCAGAGUGACCGUGGCGAAGGUGUGGAGGUGGUGCAGAACGAGCCGUACGAGGACCCCACGCAUGGCUGCGGCCAGUUUACCGAGAAGAGGCUUUACUUGAACAGCAAGUUACCCAGCUGGGCCAGAGCUGUGGUCCCGAAAAUCUUCUAUGUAACAGAAAAGGCCUGGAACUACUAUCCCUACACCAUCACAGAGUACACGUGCUCGUUUCUGCCAAAGUUCUCGAUUCAUAUAGAGACGAAAUAUGAGGACAACAAGGGCAGCAAUGACAAUAUCUUUGACAGCGAGCCCAAGGAUGAGGACACAGAGGUGUGCUUCAUCGACAUUGCCUACGACGACAUUCCGGAGCGAUACUACAAGGAGGCGGAGGACCUCCGCUUCUUCCGCUCGGAAAAGACGUCGCGAGGGCCGCUCCCAGAGGGUUGGCGGGACACGCAGCGGCCCAUCAUGUGCUCCUACAAGCUGGUGACUGUCAAGUUUGAGGUGUGGGGACUGCAGACACGUGUAGAACAGUUUGUGCACAAGGUUGUGCGGGACGUCCUUCUCCUGGGCCACAGACAGGCCUUCGCUUGGGUGGACGAGUGGAUCGACAUGACGCUGGAUGAGGUGAGAGAGUAUGAGCGCGCCACCCAGGAAGCCACCAACGAGAAGAUCAGGAUGUUCCCCCCGGCAAUCUCCAUCAGCGAGACGCCGUUACCGUCCGCCGCUCGCAGCGGCCCUUCCAGCGCUCCCUCCACGCCGCUCUCGACCGACGCCCCCGAGUUUCUCUCCGUCCCCAAGGACCGGCCUCGCAAGAAGUCGGCGCCGGAGACGCUCACGCUGCCGGACCGCAGGGGAUCUGGGUACCGACUGCCCAGCUUCUUCGCCUGGCACUCUGCGCCCCCUCAGCCCGAGUGACCAGACUAUCUGCAAAUCCCUCUCCUCCACAUGAGCCCCUCAGCAGACAGCGAACCAAACUCGACUGUAAACACCUGGACAGAAACUUCAUUCUCCACUUAAAUGUCUCCAGGAGUUCUUACUUCCAAACCCUCCCCCUACAGACAGACCAUCUCAUUCCCCUCUCUAUACACACAGGGAAUACCCCUGAACCCACAAAAUCAGAAUCAGAUAUACUGAACUCAAAAAUGUGAGUGUAUGUAUUUUACCACUUUAAAUCUUUACCCCUUUAUCCAUUCAGGCUGAUUUUUUUUUAAACCAAUCACUUCUUGUUCAACAUAAUGCUCACAAAUACCUAUGCAGGGCAUUUGCUGCAACCAGAACUUGAAACAGAGUUCUUUAACCGCUGUGCCCUCUGCUGUCCCAGGUCCCUAAGUGCUACUGAUUUUCUGAGAGCCAACCACAUGGGUGGCACAGGUUUGUCUUGCUCACUUUUGCUCUUGAGGACUGUAUUCUGUCCCUUGUUCUGCCACUCUUCAGAUUUGUUCAGUGUCUUUUGUUUUCCCUGUUAUUAGUGUGUUUAAGAUGAUGAUGACAGUCCUAUGGUCAGGGCUAUGUGUUUAGGAUCUUAUUUCUUUUCACUGAUUCCAUUUCAGCCAUGUAAGCUCACCAUGUGUGGCUUAAACCCAGUUGCCCAGGCAACACUACAGCAUGGAACAUUAUGGCAGAGCUCUGUAUUCCUUUGCUGUAAUAAGAGGCAUUCUCUUUAUAGGCAAAACUGUUACCUGCUUCGGACACAUCAUUACCGUAGGAUAAGUUUACACUGAUAAAUGAGCACAGUAUUCUUCAGAUGCCUGUUGAUUGACGCGAUCUUUGACCUUGAUCUUGCCUCCUCUAGCUGCUUGCCACUCCACUGCUUUUGGAAAAGGAAAAACGUGAUGGGAGAGGUAACUUUUUUAAUGAUAAGUCGCCACUGUGCGGUUCUGUAAUGCAACAGUGCGCGCUUACGCAGUCGCUGAUCUCGGACAGCGCGCGCGCACCGAAUAAGCCCAGAGCACAGGGAGAGCCUGAGUAUUGGAAGUGGUGUAUAGAAGAGGACGUCACGAGGUACCAUGGUAUGAAGUUUAUUAUAUUUUCUGAUCCCAUGUAGUGUCAUUCUGCUAUUUCCAUUGUCCCACCUGGAGCAAACUUGUACACUCAAAUGAAACUGAAGAUGCGUCGGCCACUAUAACUUUCUGGUACAACAAAGACAUCAGUUCUACAUGUAUGUAAAAGAUGAGGCCUAAUCGAUAUCCAGAAUGAGCCAGUUAGUUACGGCACACAGAAGCCGCUCCGCCUGCCUUUGAGCAUCCCAUAUUCCGCUCAGUGCCUCUGCAUGUAUAACUCCUAAUCUGUUUGUCCGGUGCAUCACAAAUGUAAAUAUUUAUGUAAAUCUGUUUCUAUAAAUUGCACAUUCAGUAGUUUGUUUUUAAAAUUCGGUUUCCCCCCCCAAAUACUUCUGCCUGCAUAUGAAAUAGUGUUAGAAAAAGCACAUAAAAUAUAUUGAAGUCUGAGUGUUAAACAUAUUAACAUUCAUUGCCAGUGAAGUUUCAUGCACCGGUUGUCUUUGCAGGUUGUCCUUACUUGCUUCUCAAGUUUUGCAAAGGAUGAGUCAGUUAACUUUAUUUAUUUUUACAUAAGGUGAGUCGAUCAGAUUUAACGUCGCAAUACAACAUAGAUGGUUUGUACACAUUCAGAGAUGUCUGGAAGUAUGUAUGGACAUAUGUCAUCAAUCGUUAUUUCACCGAGUUUGAUCACUGGUUGAAAUUUCAAACACACUAUAUAAAAAAUUUGAGAAGUUCACAUCCACAUGGUCAUAAUGAAGUUUUCAGGGUUUGCUACAGACUGUACUGUUUCAAGAACUUGAAUUUCAAAUCAGGGACUUCUUCAUACAAAUUUUAAGUACGUAAUUGGGUCGAACAAGACAAAGUAUCUUUCAUUAAAAUAUUUUCUCUUAUGUGAAAUGUACAAAAAAAUACCAAACUGUUCAUCGCAAAGAAACGUCAAGAAAAAGUUGCAGAAAACAUUCAAAUUCCUCACCAUUGUAUUAACAACUUUUAGUUCUAUUGUUCAGUAGUGCAGUUUUUGUGAAAUGUGACUAUAUUGCAAAGUAUGUUUUUCUUUGUGUAUUGUUUGGUAGCUUUAGUUCAUUUAAACUGGAAAGGGGAUGUAAAUAUAUCUUCAUAUUUUAUUUCACCGGAUGUAAAAUAUCAUUCAUGUUGGUUCAAGCCCACUGUCCAAAAGGAGGACAGAAGCCCACAACCUUUUCAAGCACAAGAAAUAGUUUGCCAUAACACUGCCUUCGUUUGAUACUUUUCUGUAUCAAAGAAAAGCAGCUUUUACCACAUUUUUAACUGUUCUAACAGCUCCUGUUAAUCUUUGCCGACUGCACCUAUAAAUGUUGUCAGAUGAAAUUCGUUGUUUUUCGUUACCACUAAUAUUUGUUAAAAAUAAUUUAAACAUCGCACUCUGAAUUUCAGAAUAAAGCCAGACGUCUUAUACCUUACAUGGCCGAUUAUAACAUUCCCAUCUUCUUCCUCAGCAAUCAAAUGCACAUGGCUAUUAAAUGCUGAUCUCCAUGAUAUUUCAUUAUUAGGUUCUAUUACAUGUUGAACUAGGUUUGAAUAUACAAAAUUAGUUUAUCUACUUUAAUUCAAAAACUUUUUACUUAUUGUGAAUCAGUGUUAAACUGCUGUUAAAGAACGAAAGGGUGGUGACAGAAAUGGCAUUCAGUGCAGUGAAAGAUUUAUUUUCUAUGGUGGAAUACAGUGGAAUUAUCUUUGUUCUCUUUUUGCUAUUUUACUAUUAGAAUCACUGUGAUCUCAUUCACUCCGUGGUUAU